AUGGGGUCGGUGACCUUGGGUACCAAUAUUUCGGUGGCAGCAGGACCUCUCGGAAGAAACGCAGAGGCAGCAGGUACGGCGUCGUUGAAAAGUGCCUCGGCGGUCUUUGCUUAUUCGAAAACUAAGGGCCUUUUCGCCGGAGUUUCUCUCGAGGGUUCAGCCAUCCUUGAGCGUCGAGAGGCCAACAGAAAGUUUUACGGCAACAACUGUAAAGCAGCACAAAUUUUGGCGGGCCGUGUCGAGGUCCCUCCCGCGUGUGACUCGUUAAUGAGAGUAUUGGAAAGCCGGGCGUUCAGCAAUCGAACUCCCUACGAAGACGACGACUUUUACAAUGACGAUUAUUACGAUGAUAUUCCUGAUGAUUUCUCUUCCACCACUUCUGGCUCCCCUCCACGCUCGCGCAACAACUCCUACGCUCGUGGCAACAGUCGCAGGUACGACUCAGACUAUUCCGAUUCAGAUGACGAUUACGGAACAUCUCGUACCUCUGGGCGGGGUUCCACCAACAGAAUGUCUCGCAAAGCGUCUGCUUCACGGUCGGGAUGGGAAGACGACGUUUACGACAACAGAGAUGUGGAUCGUUUGGGGUCACGUCUUGGUGGGACUCGCAUAUCUAGUGGGGGUCCUGCUCGUCCUGCUGAUACUACUAAACCUAAUUUUGGUGGCAGUGCCAAGGCCAAUUCCACACAAGCAAUUGCCUUGUUCACGUUUAAGGGAGAACAGAGCGGAGAUUUGGCGUUCAAGAAGGGUGAUGUAAUUGAUAUCUUGAAAAAGUCUGAUACCACCGACGACUGGUGGACGGGACGCAACAACGGAGUUACGGGAAUCUUCCCGGCCAAUUAUGUAGAAUUGAUAUAG